AUGGGGGAUCAAGCGGAGGGAACUGUUCAAAACCUUCUGGAACAGGAGACUCUCAAGUGGGUCUUCGUCGGAGGCAAGGGCGGCGUCGGCAAAACGACAUGCAGUUCGAUUCUCUCCAUCCUCCUCGCCACCGUUCGCUCCUCCGUCCUCAUCAUCUCCACCGACCCCGCUCACAAUCUCAGCGACGCGUUUCAGCAGCGUUUCACCAAAAUCCCCACUCUCGUCAAUGGCUUCUCCAACCUCUACGCCAUGGAGGUGGAUCCUACCGUUGAGCAUGAGGACAUGGGUGGCUCUGAUGGAAUGGACAGUUUGUUCUCUGAGCUCGCUGGCGCGAUUCCCGGAAUUGAUGAGGCCAUGAGCUUUGCUGAGAUGUUGAAAUUGGUGCAGACAAUGGAUUAUUCUGUUAUUGUAUUUGAUACUGCUCCCACUGGCCAUACACUCAGACUGUUGCAAUUCCCAACAGUUUUGGAAAAGGGUCUCGCAAAAGUGAUGUCUUUGAAAAAUAAAUUCGGUGGUUUAUUUAAUCAGAUGACUCGUAUGUUUGGCAUGGGUGAGGAUUUUGGAGAUGAUGCAAUUCUUGGGAGGCUUGAAGGCAUGAAGGAUGUAAUUGAACAAGUUAAUAAGCAAUUCAAAGAUCCAGGCCUUAUCCCCUGUGUUCCUCCUAUUUCACCUACUGUAGACACUCGGAGGCCUCACCUUCCUGUCACAUGCACUGUAGUUCAAUUCCUUUCUCUAUAUGAAACAGAAAGAUUGGUUCAGGAACUUACAAAGUUUGAAAUUGACACCCACAAUAUCAUCAUUAAUCAAGUAAUCUUUGAUGACGAAGAUGUUGAAUCCAAGUUACUUAAAGCAAGAAUGAAAAUGCAACAGAAAUAUCUGGACCAGUUUUACAUGUUGUAUGAUGACUUUAACAUUACCAAGCUGCCAUUGCUCCCAGAAGAGGUUACUGGGGUGGAAGCUCUGAAAGCAUUUUCUGCUCAUUUUACAUCACCAUAUCAAUCCGUAGCUAGUAGAGGAGACUAUGUAGAACGGUUACAGCGUAAACUAGCAUCACUACAACGCCAGAUACAUGAAACCGAGGAUGAAUUGGAGAGAAUCAGAAGGGGCCUCUAG